AAAAAAAUGCGUUUCGUAUACAUUCUAUUCAUGGCUAUAAUGAUAGUCACAUUAUUAUUAUCAUUACAAGAAGUUGAAGCUGGUAAACAAAAGAAACGUAUGCUUCUAUUAUUCUUAUUAUCAUUAUUGAAUCGAAAAAGGAUAAUUGCCCCAUUACCUUUGCCAUUACCACUACCAAUACCAAUUACGAUCAAAAAAGAACAUUCCGUACAUAAAGAACCAUUACCGUUGACUGUGGUCAAAGAAGAAUCCUAUGAUGAUCAUGAUAAAAGCCAAAGCUAUACACAUGAUGUCUAUUAGAUUGAUUUCGUUAAUUUUUUCCAAUUUUUUUUGUUUGUUCAUUAUCAUU